UCCCAGAAGUCCCAGACCAGGUCCAGGACCAGGACCAGAACCCGGACCAGAACCCGGACCAGAACCCAGACCAGGACCCGGCUCUCCGGUCUCCCUCCAGCUCUGCAGGCUCCUUCUCAUCUGCUCCAGCGAUGGCUCCUCCACAGUGGACGACCUCCGUCCUGUUGGCUUCCCUGAUCCUCGUCCUCUGCUCCGCCUCUGCGUGGUCAGAUUCCUCCGCCAACCCAUCGGCUCUCGCCCGGUUCAAGAGAGGUCAGAUUACACCUGAAAUCAGAACUAAAAUUGACAAAGGCUUCGAUGUCGUGGUGACAUCCCUGCGUGCUUUCAAAGACGUGAUGACUCACGUUGACCCGGACCAGGUGGCCACUGUGAUGAGUGCCCUGGGGUCCUUUGCUGCGCUGGCGCCGGGCAUCGGCACUGCGUUCGCUGCCACCAUCAGUCUGAUCCUACUUUUCAUACCAACUGAGGACAAAGUGAUGAAUGAGUUUGCUGAGGUCAACAAUAAGCUGGACUCCAUCUCCAUGCAGAUCUCCCAACUCAAGACUGACGUGAAGGUUUCCAGCUUCCUCAGUGCCUACACUACAAACGAAGCUACCAUCGUCAACGCCUGGAAGGAGUUCGAAAAGUUCAAAAAGAAGCCAACGGAUGAUGAUAAGGAAAACAACAUUAACAUUAAAAAUUUUAUUAAAUACUACAAGGACACAAAUGUGAGGAAGGAGGUUGAUAACUUAUUUUACUUCCUGACAGUGGAAGGCGUAUCCAUCAGUGAAAACAUCAACAAUUUGUACAAAGAGAAGUUUGAAUGUCACGUUAAGUACAUGGGUAUAUAUAGCUUGUAUUUAAAUGAUCUGAUGUUGAAGGGAAUGAUUCUGAAUCAGGUUUAUUUACAACUGACUCAUCAAAGCUCACCUGAUGACCACACACAACGGGUUAACAAUCUAAAGAAACUCUAUGAAAUUCAAAAAAAUACAUUAAGGGAGUGCUACGACUCCUAUGAGGAACAGAUGGAGAAGGAUGUGGAGAAGAUCGCUAAAAGCUUCAAACCUGAGGAAAAAAAGGACAUCGCUGAGAAGGUGAAGACUCAUCUUGACGAUAAGUACAGCUGGUACGAUUGGCUGGUGGUGGUGUACAACACCGAAGACGAGAAAAAACACAAGAUACAUAACAUGAUAAAGAUUAUUGCCAACACCGUGACGGUAGCUGUGACCUACACCCUGAAGGUCAGUCCGGCUGAGGAGGAAAUUGUUAAACAAGAAAUCAGUACAAUAUCCCAAAAAUGUGACGUUGAACAACUGAAAGAUUAUACUAUAACUCUCUCUUCUCCAGGAAGUGGUCAUGAAAGAUUCGUCGAUUUGACUGAAUACGUCAUGAUAGGAGAAGUGAUGAAUAGACAUAAAGACGUUGCAGAAUUACCAGAGCCCUUACGUAUAAUUACAUGUAAAAAUAAGUGGCACAAGAGUGUUGCUCUGCACUACUCCAGGAAGGUAGAGGUCUGCAAACCUAACCCGUGUCAGAACGGCGGAGUGUGCAAGAGGCUGCUGGAGUCCAACAACUUCCUGUGUGAGUGUCAGGACAGUUUCUGGGGAGACUUAUGUGAGAAUAAAGUUGACACAGACCAGAUUCGUGAGAUGCUCAAGGACAUUCCCGACACCGUCCCCGUCCCUGAAAGACAACCACCAAAGGCAACGAAUAGCCAAGGUGGAGGGAUGGGAGGAAAACCACCAAAGGCAACGAAUAGCCAGGGUGCAAGGAAGAGCGGUUAGCUGUAGUCACCUCGGCCAAUCAGAAUGCAGGAGUAUUUAAGCCCCUUACGCUGCAAAAACUCAAAAUCUUAACUAGAAUAUUUGUCGUAUUUCUAGUUAAAAUGUCUAAUUUUUAGUCAAAAAAAUCUCAUUACAAUUAAAACAAGACUCAUCACUGGAAAUAAACUAUUUUCACCUGU